AUUUACCUAAAUAACCGUUCUUUCCAUCCAGAUCCAGUACACAGUUCUCACUAAUUUAAUGAGAUAGUACAGUCUUGCACUCGCUUCUUCACUUAUAAAAACAUAGCUUGGUCUAGAAAUCUGAAGCUAGGAAAUUGAGAGAUCUAAGAGUGAGAAUUGAUAAUCAUUCUAGAUAGAAAGAGAUGAGUGAUCUUAAGCCUCAUGUUGUUUGCAUACCAUACCCAGCACAAGGUCAUGUAAAUCCUAUGCUAAAACUAGCAAAACUUCUUCAUCACAAAGGUUUUUACAUAACUUUUGUCAACACAGAAUACAAUCAUCAACGUUUGCUUAAUUCACAAGAUCCCGAUGCACUUAACGGUUUAUCGGAUUUCAAGUUCGAAACCAUUCCAGAUGGUCUUCCAGCAACUGAUAAUAUCAACGCUACUCAAGAUAUCACUGCCUUGUGCGACUCCACUAGCAAAACUUGCUUAGUCCCGUUCCGCAACCUCCUCGAAAAACUCAAUGGUUCGUCCUCGUCUCAGGUUAAGUGUAUUAUUGCUGAUGGUUGUAUGGGUUUCACUCUUGAUGCUGCUGAACAACUCAACAUCCCGGAAAUAUUGCUCUGGACACCUAGUAGUUGUGGUUUCAUGGCUUAUUUUCAUUACAAAGAUCUCAUUGAAAGAGGCGUUACUCCCUUAAAAGAGGAAAGUCAACUUACAAAUGGUUAUCUUGACGAGACGAAGAUCGACUGGAUCCCAGGAAUGAAAGAACUGCGACUUACAGAUUUGCCAAGUUUUGUUCGAACAACAGACCCGGACGACAUCAUGCUUAACUUCUUAACAAGCGAAGCACAAAGAUCUAAAAGAGCAUCCGCGAUUGUUCUUAACACAUUUGAUGCGUUCGAAUGCGACGUUUUAGAUGGAAUGAAAUCUAUUUUACCACCAGUUUAUAGUAUCGGUCCUCUAUCAUCACUUCUCCUCAAUCUAGUACCUCAAGAAAGUGAAGUUCAAUCUCUUGGAUCAAAUUUGUGGGCAGAGGAGACUGAAUGCAUAAAAUGGCUUGACACUAAAGAACCCAAUUCGGUUGUUUACGUUAACUUUGGAAGCAUCACUGUCAUGACUGCUCAGCAAAUGAUUGAAUUCGCUUUCGGGUUAGCUAACAGCAAGCAUACGUUCUUGUGGAUAAUUCGACCGGAUUUAGUCCGAGGAGAUUCGGCCAUAUUACCACCGGAGUUUACAACUGAGACCAAAGAUAGAAGUAUGAUAGCAAGUUGGUGUCCACAAGAACAUGUGCUAAAACAUCCAUCAAUUGGUGGCUUCUUAACUCACAGUGGUUGGAAUUCAAUUCUAGAUACUGUGAUUGGUGGUGUUCCUAUAAUCUGUUGGCCAUUUUUUGCCGAACAACAGACGAACUGCAAGUACUCCUGUGUUGAUUGGGGUAUCGGAAUGGAGAUUGAUAACAACGUGAAAAGAAAUGAAGUUGAGAAGCUAGUUAGAGAAUUGAUGGACGGUGAAAAGGGUAAGGAGUUGAAAAAGAGAGUAAUGGAAUGGAAAUCCAGUGCUGAAGAUGCAAUUAGUUCACUAAAUGGGUCUUCUUUUGUCAAUUUAGACAAACUGGUUAGUCAGAUUCUUAAUUUUUAGGAGUCUGGAUGUGCUAAUUCAUUUUAGCAUUGUUAUUGAUUGAAAUAAUUAAAUUUGUACUCCUUUUUCUUUGUUAUUCUAAUGUAAUAAUCAUCUCUAUUAAUGUGAAAUAAAACUAUCUUGCUUCCUGUAAU